AUCUGCAAGAAACGCUCCCAACCUCCCAAUUGAUCAAUCUUGGGCGCCAAAAUAACCAAGUACGGGGCCAAUUACUAUUACGCGGCAGCCCAAGAAGAAACCGGAAAACGGUGAGCGUUGAAUUUCUAGGCCAAGCGUGUGACGUGACGUGUCUUUGCUCGUAAUAUUUCACUUUUUAGUCCUGAACGGGAACCUGCAUCUUUACCAUUCUUCCUCUCCUUACACCAACAAUCACCAUAAGCCUCGAGUCUAUCCAUUGUACUACUACUACACAUUGUCGAGUACUGAUACACGGUACCCGAGACAAGUUGAAGAAUAAAGUUCUACUCACAUUGACGACGAUAGCUUUUCCAAGCUACUUGUUCACCGUAUAUAUCAUAUCAUAUCAUACCAUACCUACCACAGCACAUACAGCCCAACAUGAGAUGGAUGUCCAGAGCCUCAGCCGCAGCCACCGUGCUGCUUGCUGCUGCAGUCUCAGCCCAGACAUGGAGCAAAUGCAACCCUCUCCAAAACAGCAACUGUCCCAGCGACGAUGCCCUCGGCAUGAGCAUCAACAUCGACUUCUCCAAAGGCGAGGUAAACUCCUUCGCAGCCUCCGGCUCACCCAAAUACGACAACGAGGGCGUCUCCUUCACCGUCGCCCGCGCCAAUGACGCACCGCAGCUGGCAUCCCUCUUCUACAUCAUGUUCGGCCGUGUCGAGAUCACGAUGAAGGCUGCUCCCGGAGCCGGUAUCGUAUCGUCGCUCGUUCUCCAGUCCGAUGUGCUCGACGAGAUCGACAUUGAAUGGCUCGGCUCCGAUAAUGACGAGAUCCAGUCAAACUACUUUGGAAAGGGCCAGACUACUUCGUACAACCGCGGCGAGUUUCACGACGUGACAAAUACGCAGGGCGAGUGGAUUACAUAUACCAUCGACUGGACCAAGGACCGUAUCGUCUGGAUGGCUGGAGGCACUGUCGUUCGAACCCUCAACGCAGGCGACGCGGAGGAUAAUCAAUACCCUCAGACUCCAAUGCAAGUCAAGUUCGGCGCCUGGGCUGGUGGUGAUCCCAAUACAAACUCCGCAGGCACCGUCAAAUGGGCCCGUGGACCAACAGACUACUCCAAAGGUCCCUUCACCAUGAAAGUCAAAAGUGUUAUUGUCACGGACUACUCAACUGGUGACGAGUACAAAUACAAGGACACAUCUGGCUCCUGGCAGUCAAUCGAAUCUGUCGGCGGUGAGAUCAACGGCAACGAAAACGGCGAUGCCAUGACUGUUACUGCUACCGCCCAAGGAACCGUCGCCACAGCAGAUGGAAACGUUCCCGUCGGAGGUAUUGCCGAGGAUGGAAGUCCUGCUACAGCUACACAGACAGGAUGGCCCUGGACCGGCUCUCGACCUUCUGGCGGAGCUAUCCCCGAAGGCUGGAGGCUCAACGCCAAGGGAAAGAUCAUUCCCGCCGAGAACAGCGCCUUGGGUCUUCAGCCUUUACACAACGUUAUUGCUGUUAUACCCUUCUUGGCUGGCAUCAUGGCAUUUGCUGGUCGUUUCUUCUAGAGAAGAAACACCUUGACUUCACUUCACUGUAUAUGACCUGUAUAUGGCGAUUCGACAGCACAUAUUGUCUUGGGUUUGAGCUCAUGUACAUUGUCCGGCAUAUGAUGACUUCUAGACAGCACCGAGAGCAUGCAUGGAUGUGAUACCUUAUUUACAUGGCGAGGUUGGUCGGCGUUUCUGGAACUUGGUAUUUAGUUGCAAUUGGUUGGUAUUUGGGUUUUGACAUAUAUUGCUCUUAGCGACGGCGCAAUGCAUUUGGUUGUAAAGAAUAGACACAUGGCAAAUAUUAGAUAGACAGGCGGUGUAUAAUGAAUCAACAUAUAUAUUCCACGAGG